UUUCCACAUCUUCUCUCUCCUCGACCCCUAAAUUUCCAAUCACCGGCUAAAAUUGAUCGGAAACCUAAAGCUCUUCGUAUUGCUCCGCCACCAUGCAUAUCCGGCGCCAGAUCUUCGUCAAAUCUCCAGACUGUCAACAAGUCUUCGCUCUGCAGUUAGAUCCUUCGCAAUCUGUAUUAACUCUUUCCGGUAUCACUUCCUUACUCGAAUCGUCGUCGCAGCGUAAUUCGUUAUCGGAUUUCUCGGUUGCUCUAGAUGGGAAGCUUUUGAAUGGCUCUACACGGAUCCAAGUAUCUAAGCUUCCUUCUGUUUCCAUGCUCACUCUUUUCCCUCGCCUCCGUGGAGGUGGAGGAGAUGGAGGUGCGACGGGAGCUGAAUCACGCGAUUGCUACCUGAAUAUGUACGCGGAGAAGAAGCCUGACAAGGUUGAUCCGAAUGAGCAGAGGCUCUCCAAAUGGUUGAAUUGUGCUUUGUCUAACGAACCUUUGGCUGAGCCUUGCGUGAUUGAUCUCCUCGGGAAUUUGUUCAAUAAAGAAGCGUUGGUACACGCUUUGUUAUCUAAGAGGUUACCUAAGCAAUUCUCGUACAUUAAGGGUUUGAAAGAUAUGGUGAAUAUUAAGCUUACGCCUGUUGCUGGUUCUGAUGGUUCAUCGCAAGAUACGACUAGUUCCCAGUUUCAGUGUCCGGUCUCGGGGCUUGAAUUUAACGGAAAGUACAAGUUUUUCGCUUUGAGAGGAUGCGGACAUGUGAUGAGUGCAAAGGCGUUGAAGGAAGUGAAGUCUUCUUCUUGUUUGGUAUGUCAUGCGGAUGUUAAAGAUUCUGAUAAGAUUGUGAUCAAUGGGACAGAGGAGGAAGUGGGUUUGUUGAGGGAGAGGAUGGAGGAGGAGAAAGCAAAGCUGAGAGAGAAGAAAGGUGUCUCGAAGAAGAGCAAGAACGGUGCUGCUGUGGUUGCCGAUACAGGAGCAAAGGUUGCAAAGAGACAGAUGGAUGAUGGGAAUGUCAAUGGCAAUGGUAUUACUGUAAAGAAAUUCAAGGCGGGGGAUAAAGUGCCGGUUAAUGCUACUAAGGAAGUCUAUGCUUCUCUCUUUACUUCCUCCAAGAAGAAGUCUGAUUUCAAGGAGACUUACUCUUGCAGGUCAAUUCCUCUUGGCAGGAACUGAUUUGUUGGACCAAAUGUUGUUUACCUUGCUUGCUUCAUUUGCUCUGUAAUCUGUUCUGAUUAUAUUGAUAUAUCAACUUGCUUUGUAAUUUCGCCACUGGAUAAUAUAAUGUGUUUCUUUUU